GCUGAUGUAGCAGCCCAGCGGAGAACAGCUGCGGCUAAAUGUGCGCGUCAGCCCCCCCACCGGGCUUCAAUCGGGGAUUCGACACGAAGACAUGAGUGAGACACGUCGGGGAACAGCUCGUGUUUUCCCGCUGCGCAGAGUGAAAACAGCUGGCGCCUGUUGGUUGGCUGCGUGUCGGUGAACGUGUCUCUGCAGUUGUGACCCGAAGUGGCCAUGUAUCCUUUCAGCCGCGAGGCGGAGACCUCGCUUCAGGACCUGUUUGAGUAUUUCAAGAGGUGCCUGCAGCACGGGGAGUGGGAGCUGGCCAGUGCCUGUGUGCCACAGCUGGUCCAGUCAACACACUCGGAAAACCUGCAGGACAUUAUUAGAGCUGUCAUCUGCCACCCGUACAAGUUAGAAUGGGAGACUGUGGGAAGCCCACACAGACUGGCUUGGUUUUGGCUUCAGGUUUUAGAGAAAUGGACAGAAGAGAAGGUUUCUCCCGACAUCAGAAGAGAGCUGGAGUUUCUUCUGCUCCUGGAGGAACUGGGUUCAGAGGGCAUAGCAGAGGCUAUUCUCAAGGAGUUGCAUCAGGCCUACCUGAGCAGCCAGCCGGACCAAAAGGCUGUAGAGGGUUCGGGAUCAACACAAGCUGCGGUUGAGUCCUGCCUCCGAACCUUGUUGGAGAAGAAGAAGCCCAGACUGGCUCAGUCUUUAGCACAUUUCUUACAGGACCAGUCACCCACAGAGGACCAUACUCUGCAGCACACGUUCAUCCAACACAUGAUGAAGAAACUGGCAAAACCAGAGAAGAAGGCAAAGGAGUGGGUGGAGGAGAUAUAUGCAGUGUUGGCUGUGAUGCCGUGGAGCUCUGGCCGGAGCGCUGGGCAGUUUGAGGCUCUGUGUGAAGCGCUGUGGGCGGUCAGAGACGGACCCCUGAGAGAGGAGAGGAUCCUGAGCUCGCUGCUCCGGCCUCAGUGCGACACUCUGGUCUCUCUGUACUGCUCCACUGCUCUGAGGCUGCAGAGGGAUCAUCUGCUGAGGAGCACGCCCGACACACAAGUGGAGCUCCCUGAAGCAGAGAAGCUGGCUCUCAGUUUAUGUUGCCACAAGGAUCGUCCCUCCAUUUGGAAGACCAUCUAUUUCGAGUGCCUUAGCAGUGGAAAGCACUUCCUGGAGCAGGUCCUGGUUACUGCACUUGACCUGGUUAAACACGAGGAGUUUUCUCAGCUGAGAGAAUUAGUGCGGCUGGAGUUUCGGCCAUUGUCUCGUCUGCUGCUGCUGCUCGGCUGGACUCAGUGUCGCAGCCUGAGCUCGGCCCAAAAGCUGCUCAGUGUCCUUCACCGCGAGCAGGCACCAGCCAGUGACACCGUUCUGCAGGAAUUUGCCAACCUUCUGUCCUCUCAGCUCGGAAUACUUGAAUGGUGUAAAAACAACAACCCAGGUAUCUCCAUGGAGGCCUUACUGACACAGCUUCACACCCUGGACAAUCACUCAGCUCUCUAUAUUCUGCACACUCUGACUCCUCUGCCUCAGUUUGAGGAGCGCAGGAUACUGGAUCUGCUGCAGCAGCUGCCAAAUCCACCAGGACAUGACGACUCUGAGGCCAUCAGGACUCUGAGCCCUGGUGCACAGAGGAAUGUAGUUCUGUUUCAGGGCUUCUGUGUCAUGAAGUACACCAUCUACGCUCUUUGUGUCAAUGCACAUAAAUACUCAAACUGCUCCGAGUGUGAGUCCAUGCAUCAUCAGCAGCAGCAACUGCCUACUGAAGCAGAAACAGACCAGCCUCAAACCUCAACUUCCUCAGAGGGUUUCCAUCUGCAGUUCCAACACUACCUGUCAGAAUGUCAGCUCUACCUGGAGGCCGUUCCAGCCAUGUUCCGCCUGGAGCUCCUGGAGAACAUCUUCUCCCUCCUCUUCCUGUCCACCGCUGACUUCACGCAGCAGAUUCCAAAAGACAACAAUGUUAAUGCAAAUCAGGACUGUGCGUCAGACACAAGUAACACUAAUGUAGAACUAGGAGCCAAAGCACAGACGGAUGAGAGUGAUCACUGCAGGAGCCAGAAGCUGCGUACGAGUUCCCCAACAUCCUCCCACCAUGGUCACCUGGAGCUGGGACACUUCAUCCAGGGCUGCAGGGGAUUUGUGGUGGAUGUUGCAGCCAUGGAGGGUUUCCUGAAGCUGCUGAAGGAAGGGCUGGAGGGCAUGUGCGUGGUGGGUCAGCAGGAGGGACAGGAGGGGGAGAGCCUCGGCUGCUCGGUGACCCCGGAGACAUUCGGGGCUCGUCUGCAGAGGUUGUCCAAACGAACUGCAGAGGCUCAGUGGAGGCUGCAAAUCAUCACCAGCAACCAGGGCAGCGAAAAUGGCUCAGAGGGACCCUUCCCCAUCUCGACGGUCGGCUAUACUGCGACUACCUUGGAACGCAGUAAGAGCUCCAGUCUGAGGAGAAGGAAGAGACUAGGGAGGCGCGUAGCAGAGAGACAAACCUCCAUAGAGAAACACAAUGGAGAAGUCAGCACCAGUGCAUCAGACGGUGGAGGAGGGACAUUGACAGCUGGUGUGGAAGUGGAGGUUUGUCCUUGCGGAGGUCCCCACAGCUGGCUGGUCCCUGCCAUGUUGUCCCCUCCAGAGUCUCUGCUCAUGUCCUGCAUCCGCCGAGGAAACUUCAUGGAAGCACAUCAGGUGUCUCUGAUGUUUGAUCUGGGGAAGUCUCCCUUUUGUGGCGAGUUGGUGUUCAUGGAGCGUUACAAAGAAGUUCUAGUGGAGUUGGAGCGGGUGGAGCAGAAGAUGGAUAACCAGCCUAUGUCUUCGUCGUCCUCCUCCUCAGAGGGUCUGGGGUCAGCGGCUGCGUCCGGCACAGGGCGGGCUCGGCUGGGCAGCAGCGGCCUCUCCACGCUGCAGGCCAUCGGAAGUGCUGCCGCUGCAGGUGUGGCUUUCUACUCCAUCUCGGACAUAGCAGACCGUCUCCUCAGUUCCCCCGCUCACCCGAUGCCAUCCCUGGAGGAAGAGUACUGGCUGAGCUGCUGCUCCUCAGACCCGUCUGGCCUCCUCACCACGCUGCUGGAGGAGCUGAGCCCAGCGGCCAUGGCGGCCUUCGACCUGGCGUGCUGCCACUGUCAGCUUUGGAAGACGUCCCGGCAGCUGCUGGACACAGCAGAGCGCCGGCUCAACAGCAGCCUAGAGACUCGAGGAGUGAGAAUUGACCCCAAAGUUCCUCAUUCUCAGGGGAUCUGUGGAUUUCCAAGGGUGUUACAACAGAUCAGCAAGAUCCUCAGUCACUUUGCAACAAACAAGGGCUCCGUCAAAACAGAAGCUGUUAUGGAGGACCCAGUGUUUUCCAGCCCGUUCGGCUGCUGUAUUCAGGAAGUGCUCCUGUGUUGCAACCCCACCCUGACCGAGGAGAGCAUCUCUGCUCGACUCAGUCUGGCUCAACGCCUGGAGACCACCCUGCACAUUCUGAGCACCGCUACAGAUAAUACAGAGGGCAGCGCAGGCAGUGCUCUUCUGGCUCUGUUAGUGGAGCAGGCCAGCCUGAAGCAGGCGGAGCUCGACGUCCACCCUGUCCGCUCCAACAUGAAACAGCUGCUUCGCUCCCUGGACCAGCUCUGCCCCUUCGAGCCGGAUGGAGACCUCGCCCGACCCGAUUACGUUCGCAGUUUCCUUGACUACGUUAACACGUUAGCAUCCGUGCUGGUGCGCAGCCUUGCUUCAGAAGACCAAAGUGGUGAAGUGAAGCUUGGGAACCCACUGCUGGUUUUGCUUCAAGCCCCAUUCCAGCUCCUCUCCCACCUGCUGUUUGACAGACAGGUGGCUCCUGACAGAGUGCUGUCCCUGCUGCAGCAGGAAGGUCUGCGACUGAGCGUCCAGCAGGUGAUUGUCCAGCGAUGCUGUGAGACUUUGCCCUUGUGGUUCUCAUGUCCAGCUGCUGAAACAGACUCUGAUCCAACCAGAAAAGAUGAUGGAGUGUUCAGUGUUGCCAGCUUGUCUGCCCUGCUCCAGCAGCACGCUCAGGAGCACAAGGCAACUCUGGGCAUCACAGAAACUCCCUCAGUUACUCAGUCAGAUGCAAGCUCGGACUCUGAGGCCUCAGUGGAGGACAACACACCAACCAACCUCUCCACCUCGCCUCCCUCUCAGUCAUCAUCCUCCUCCUCCUCUUCUUCCUCAAACUCUUUCCUCCUCACACCAUCAGCCCUGUCUUUCCUAAAGUCUCGCUCCCCCUUACUGGCCACGCUGGCGUGUCUGAGUGCAUGUAAAGGAGAAAACGCUCGGGCGCAAUCCUCCGGCUGGUCGGGAUAUUUCCGCAGUGGACGUAAGGAGGUUGUCCUGGACGGUGAGCAGAUUUCUCGAGAAGCGGAUACUCUCCUGAAAGACUUUCCUAUUCUCUGGGCCUAUCUUCACUCCCUGGCUGAACCAGUGCUGGGCGCCCCGCUGACUGAGGGAGAGGGAGGCUCCGCUGGACUCGGGGCGGUGAUUUGUGGGAAACCUCUUGUCACUCUCCUGCUGUCUGGGCCACAGGAAGGAGUUACCCAGGCUGUGGCAGCUGAGGCCUUCCAGAAAGCCCUUUCCUCUAAAGACCUGUCCCGGGCUCUCAGCCUACUGGAGCUGUAUGGGCAAGGCUGCAGCCAGGAGGGGGCGCUAAGAGACCAGCUGCUUGCCUAUGCUGCUUUGGAAGAUGGUGUUGAAGGCACAGGUCAGCUGUUCCGCGUGCAGGACGCGAACCUGCGAGCCCGUGUUGCCCUGCAGGCUCUGGAGCGAUGGCCCCUGUCUUCCUGCCUGGAGCUGCUGGACUUCUGCCUCAGUGACCUGAGCACUGCGGCCUCGCUGAGAACCGACUUGGAGCUGAAGAAGAAAGAACUGGACAUCUAUCGCUGGAUGUUGAAUCUACAGCCUCGGUUGCCCUGGGCUGCGUGGCAGGAGCUGAGGAGCGAGUCGAAGACAAACCCCGAGGCCAUGUUGUCCCGGAUGUUGAAGGCAAAAGAGUUUUCUCUGUGUGCACAGUGGGUGGAGCUGUAUCCUGUGUCCGAGCAGCUGAGGCUGCAGCUGAAGACUGAGCAUCUACUUCACCUGCUGGAGAAGGGACAGACAGACGAAGCGUUUCAGUUACUCGAGGGCCUCUCUGAUUUCGUGGUCGGCCUGAAGAUCUGUGAACACGCUCUGGACCGCUGCCCCGGCCUGGCCGCCUGUCACUUCCUGGCUGACUAUCUCACCCUGCAUUUCCAGAGGCAGGUGUCUCCCUCGCGAAGACAACACAUCCACGCUCUUCAUCUGGGCUCGAAGGUGCUACUGACACUGCCCCCAGCAGCCAGGCAGGACUAUUUCCCCCUGCUGUCCGAGCCUCUGCUGAUGCUGGAGCAGCUUCUGAUGAACCUGAAGGUGGACUGGGCCGACAUGGCAGUGAGAACCCUGCGGAGCCUCGUGGUGGGUCAGGAGGCCGGCUUUGGUGCUGAAGCCAUCGAUAAACUCCUGGCGGACUACGCCUCCAAGGCCCUGGACUUCUCCUGUGCCCCCAGAGAGCGGAGCAGAUCCGACUCUGUGAUCAGCCUCCAGGACUCGCUGAUGCAGUGUCCUGCUCAGGACAGCUGCUCCCUAUCGUCCAGUCAAAUCGAGUCUCCAACGCCCUCCACAAGCAGCACUCCUACACGCACGUCCUCCUCGAACAGCUUGGACAGGGAGAGGGAUCGAAGCUCAGCAGGGAGGAAACGUCGCUCGCCUGCCAAGUUCCAGCCUCCGGAUCAACCCCCCAGUCGUAAAGACUGGGUCCCUGACACCCAACAGCAUGUGUGCAUGGUCUGCCACCGAGAGAGGUUCACCAUGUUCAACAGACGGCAUCACUGUCGGAGAUGUGGUCGUCUUGUUUGUCACGCGUGUUCUGAGCGUAAGAUGCUGGUGGAUGGAAGUCCAGGAGAAGAAGUCCGAGUCUGUGACCAGUGUUACACCUACUUCCACGCAGAUUCUGACGACGAGAUGGAACAAGGUGAAGUGGCUGGCAGCCUCGCGGUGACAGAGGGAGACUUAGAUGGGAUGAUGCAUCUGCCUGAAGUGAUCCAGCAGCAGAUCCAACUCAGCACAAACUCUGCAGAGAACCAGCUGCUGCGGAGCGAGUUCUACUACGAACAGGCUCCCAGUGCAUACCUCUGCGUGGCCAUAUUGUCUCUGCACAGCGACCAAACAGCGUGUGGACACCAGCUCAUCGUCCACUGCCGCUCCCUGUCCUGCAAGCUGACCAACCCGGAGGUGGACGCCUGCCUCCUCACCGACAUCAUGCAGCAGCUGCUCUUCAGCGCCAAGCUGAUGUUCGUCAAGGUCGGCCGCAGCCAGGACCUGGCCUUGUGUGACAGUUACAUCAGUAAAGUCGAUGUGCUAAAGAUUCUUGUGGCGGCAAAUUACAAAUACGUUCCUUCUCUGGACGACAUUCUGGAGGCGACUGCUGUCACUCGUCUUCGUAAUCAGCUGCUGGAGGCCGAGCACUACCAGCUAGCGGUGGAGGUGUCCACCAAGAGCGGCCUGGACCCUGGUGGCGUGUGGCAGGCGUGGGGGAUGGCCUCUCUGAAGGCAGGGAACCUCUCAGGGGCGAGGGAGAAGUUUUCCCGCUGCCUGAAAGGUCCAGUGGACAGAAACCAGCUCAGCCUGGGUCCUUUACUGCUGCAGGAGAUCGUCCAGCACCUGGAGACCAUCGUACGACCCGCUGGGGCCACGUCUUCUGGCGAGGACAUCUUGGCAUCGCUGCGGGAGCUGGAGGACGUGCUGAGCGACACGUGUCCUGUCGAGCGUCCAGAGGGACCAACGCAGAGCGGCGACCUCCACCAGGAGUGUCUGUACUACCUGAACUCUUAUGGCACUCACCUGUCACUCAUCAGCUUCUGGGUGCGGCAUGACUCCAUGACCGAGGCCCUGACGUACCUGCUCAACAAGGAGUGCCCAGAGGAGGUGUUUCUAGACGGUGUGUUGCAGCCCAGCCUGGAGCGGGGGCGUCUUGGCACACUGCAGGGCAUAAUGGAAAAACUGGACCCAGGCCUGGAGACGUGCAGCCGCUACCUCCUCGCCUCCUGCCAGUUCCUGCAGCGGCGGGGAUACUUCAAUACUCUCUACCAGCUCCAACAGUUCAUGAUGGAUCAUGUACGUGCAGCCAUGACCUGUAUCCGAUUCUUCACACACGGAGCCGGUUCGUACCUUCAGCUGGGAGAACAGCAGCGCUGGCUGGUCCAAGCCAAGGAGCACCUGAGGGCGUAUCUUCAGGAGCUGCAGGGUCGGGGCGCCGGGAGGAGAAAAUCUCAGGUCAACUCGUUCAGGAAGAUGAUGUCGUCCAGUGACGUGUCCAGGCACAUGAACACGAUCGAGCUCCAGCUGGAAGUGACCAAGUUCCUCGCUCGCUGUGAGAACGCUGCUUCCUCCAAGAGUCCACCGACCAGCACACCUUCCUCCCAGUCCUCUGCAACCAGUUCACCGCCCACUCUGUUUGGAGGGAGUCCGAUGAAGGUUGAGGUCGCCUGUAAGGUCAUGCUCGGAGGAAAAAACAUAGAGGAGGGGUUUGGCAUUGCCUACAGAGUGAUACAGGACUUCCAGCUGGAGGCGCAGGCCGUCUUCAUGCGUGCCGGUCAGCGGCUGGUCAGACAGCGGCAGUACGGAGCCGUGCGGCAGCUCUUCAAGUGCGUCAGCGAAUCAGGCACCGCCACCAAAAACGACUGCGACGCCCUCAUCCUCAGCUGUGUCUCCAUCGCAGAUAAGGGGCCGUCUGAUGCGAGGGAACUGGAAAGUCUCAUCCUAGAAACCAAGAGCACAGAGAGCAAGAUCAAAGCUUACCUGCUGUGCGCUAAACUGCGGCCGGCGUACCUGCUCGCCGUCAAGCUGGAGGCGAGCCGCGCGGGCCCGCUGGUCCAGGACGUCCUGCAGGCGGCCGAGGGAGCGCAGGACUCAGUGAUGCAGAACAUCUGUCGCCAGUGGCUGUCUGAACAUCACAACAAGUCAUCUCAGCAGCGCCCGGGCCGGCCCACGGCCAGGUAACAGCACGACGGGGGGAUCACACCGAGCACUUAGACUGAGAAACAGAGCACAGACGAGAGGAUUCCGGGUUUCUGAUGUCACCCGGGUCUAUCGAUGUGUGGCUGAGUGGUUGAAACAGCCACUUCCCAUCCACUAGUUUAUUAAAACAUCAGAAAAUUCAAGAUUGAGCCACUUUUGAGAGAUUCUCUGUUCUGUGAUGAGAUCCUAGAACCUCUCCCACUUGGUCUUUGUCUCCAGAUGCCUCAACACCAGCAUAAACUGGGUAGCAAGGAUCUAACCAAGGGUUAAGAGGUUUCCUCUGUUUUAGCAUCACACUCAAAUAACGCCCUCCGACUCCUGAUGGACGGUUUGAGAAAUGCUUCAGAGUCGAUGCAGCUGAAACAGAAAGAUCUUCUUCUUCUUGUCUAAACCAGGCUCCUCCUUUACCCAUUAUGCAACUUGACUGUCGACAGAUCAGUCCGAUGUUUGUUUGUUGUGGUAACGGAGGAUAAUUCUGCCCUGGGUGCUGGCCUCAGAUCAGCAGUAGCCUCCACCGAUUUCACGCAGCUCCCAGUGAAGACACAACCGCAUUCACACAGCAACAACAGACUCUGCCAUGUGAAAUUUGAUCACUAUUAACCAAAGUAAGACAGUUUUUAAUAUUUUGUAAUAUCUGGACUGUAGGUUGGAGCUAGAAUGGGGUACUGGAGUAAGAAAGAAUGGAUGUGGUGUCUAUGCUAACAUUUGACUAAAUUGUCAAUUCAUUUGAAAUCAGUUUUUCUGACUUCCGGUGGGUUUAAGUCUGACAUCGCUGCAGUGAUGUAUAGUGUGUGUGUGGAUUCCUGACUCGAGCCCUCGGGACCAGUCUGGACUUGUCGGCAAACCAAUGAAUCGCUCUGGGUUCAUGUUUUAAAAUCAUAUUCAGGUCACAAAAAGCAAAUGUCGGGUCGGCCUCGUUCUCUCAGGCUCGGUCGGGUUUAGACAGAAAACUGCAGCCUGAGCUUCACCCUCAUGCACAGGUGAACUCGAUGACCCACACUUCUUGUCCACUGAUACCAGGUCAGAGCCUGGGACUCAGAGGGGAAACAGAGAUUGAGGGCAGUGGAAGGGUCUAGAACCCCUGAUGAUUCACCAACGUGCUUUAUUUACAUUCUUGACAUAUUUUGCUGUUAUCUCUCAUCUGUAGUGAACUUGAGAACAGUUUAUCUGUGGAGUCACAACAGACACAGUUACACAACACAAGCAUAUCUUUGCAGUGAGGCAGUAAUUGACAAAGGUUCGUCUCCUACCUCAACCUAAAGGGAAAAUGUCUUCAACUGGAAAGCCUCUUGUUACGUGAAGGUCUUUCGUCUCCUCAUUUCUAUUUCCUAGUUGCGUCUUUGUGUGUUUAAGGUUUUUUAUUCAUUCAUUCAAAAAGAAGUGUAAUCUGCCAAGAACUGUUCAUGUUAUCCUGAUGAGGCUGUUUCCCUGUUUUACAUUGUACAGCACCUUUUCUGUCCAGCUUUCAGCAAAUGUUCCCUUUUAACAAGGGAAGUCAAACAGUAUUUAAGGGAAUCUGAAGAGUUUUACGUUGGAUACAGAAAGGGACCGAUUAUAGAUCAGGUUUAAUUCAUCAUCCAUAGAAUCAACUCUGUCGUGAUUCGUCCCGUCUCUGGACGAAUGGUUUUUACAUCUCCUCUUGUGUCCUCCUGUGUUUUGGUUGUAAUUACUCAGAGUCUCUCAUUUUAAAUUUGGGCUUUGUUCUCAUCGGAAAGUCGUAAUCAUGAACUUACACAGAUAAUGAGUCGUAUAACGUUGCUAAAAAGGGAUCUAACCAUGCUCACGUGAUGUCCGUCGAUGUGUCUUGUUGUUUCUCCUGUUUUUCCACAAACCUUGAAACGGGAAAGUUCAGUGCAAACGUAGUGACGCCAUUAAUCCUAUCUUUUAAAUUCUCUCACACGACAAUCGCCCGUAUCGCUGGAGCUGCCUUUCUGAGAAUGUUUAUUUCCGAGCUAUUCUGAUCUCACGGUCAGGAAGUACACCUUCAUUUCAGAGGAGAUACUGGGUUCUCUCUCUCUCUCUGCCUCGGGUCCCAGUGCUGUACUGGUCUGAGGACUGACGCCCACAGUUCUCCCUGUGAUGGCGAGUGAUGAUGGGCGAGAGAUAGAAGGAGAAACCAGUUCAGACUUUUGAGAUGUACGCGUACGACAUUCUUGCACUUCCACUGUUGUUUCAUCACUGCCGCACUUUAUAUUAGUGAGUUUUUAAAAUAAUGAACUUCUUUUUGGGGGGGAAAUGAAAAUACUGAAUAAAGUAACUGCUUCACUGAUGCAGGAAGUCAUGAUUUUAAAAUAUACUGGAUUUUGCCAUCCCUUGUAAAAAUGAAAAAAAAUUAAACAAUAAAAAGACAUGUAAUAAAAGCUUUGAGCGUGA